AUGUGUUCAAUGGGGUUGAGGUCAGGACUCUAUGCAGGCCAGUCAAGUUCUUCCACACCGAUCUCUAGAAACCAUUUCUGUAUCGACCUCGCUUUGUGCAUUGGUGCAUUGUCAUGCUGAAACAGGAAAGGGUCUUUCCCAAACUGUUGCCACAAAUUUGGAAGCACAGAAUAGUUUAGAAUGUCAUUGUAUGCUGUAGCGUUAAGAUUCCCUUCAAUGGGGCAUAUCCACUAACCAUGAACUACUUCCCCAGACUAUUAUUCCUCCUCCACCAGCACUAUGCAUUGGGGCAGGGAAAACCCAGAUUCUUCCGUCGGACUGCCAGAUGGUGAAGCGUGACUCAUCAUUCCAGAGAACACGUUUCCACUGCUGCAGAGUCCAAUGGCGAGUCCAAGCCGAAGCUUGACAUUGCCCAUGGUGAUCUUAGGCUUGUGUGCAGCUGCUCGGCCAUGGAAACCCAUUUCAUGAAGCUCCCGACAACAGUUAUUGUGCUGACGUUGCUUCCAGAGGCAGUUUGGAACUCGGUAGUGAGUGUUGCAACCGACCGAGGACAGGCGAUCUUUUCACGCUACGUGCUUCAGUGAUCCCAUUCUUUGAGCUUGUGUGGCCUACCAGUUAGCGUCUGUGCCGUUGUUGCUCCACUUCACAAUAACAGCACUUACAGUUGAACGAGGCAGCUCUAGCAGGGCAGAAAUUUGACAAACUGACAUGUUGGAAAGUUGACAUCCUAUGACGGUGCCAUGCUAAAAGUCAUUGAGCUUCUCAGUAAGGCAAUUCUACUGCCAGUGUUUGUCUAUGGAGAUUGCAUGGCUGUGUGCUCAAUUUUGUACACCUGUCAGCAAGGGGUGUGGCUGAAAUAGCCGAAUCAACUAAUUUGAAGAGGUGUCCACAUACUUUUGUAUAUAGAGUAUAGUGUAUGUAACUGACUACACUUUAGUUUCCCACUGUUGUGGUAAAGUUCUCUCCCCAGCCAAGAGACAAAAUUUUAGUAACUAGUUUUAGUGGCGCUAUUCCUACACAGACAGUCAAGUGCCUCCUUUACUGUGUAAAGGGCUCAUAGUAAGUUUGAGGACGGUAAACCCAGGGAAUAGGCUAUUUCAGUUGUUAUAGUGACUACAUCUCUCUUCUGGGCACAUAAUUUACUGUUCCUCAAGGCAUAAACUGAUCUGUUCUGGUUGGCUUUACACACAACCAGCCAUACUGGUGGAUACAGACAGAACAACCUAAUGCUUAGACGUGUGUUAUAAAUACCUGUACUGUCGAAGGCAAUGCCCAGCUCAAAUUUGUACUGGUAUUUUAAGUGAACUCUCAUGAUUACAUUUUUUCAAAGAACGCUGCAUGUCAGCAGGUCAGUUGUGUGUAAUGUAUUGGUUGGACUUGGAAGGGUAAAAUACCAUAACACCGACACGUAUCACAUACUUAAUUUAAAAGGGCUAAUGUUUGAUAUUUUUUUCAUGAUGGAGAUGCCGAAGCAAGCAAUUCAUUUUAAAUGGGAACAUUUUGUAUAUUUCAUUGUACUUGCAAUGAGGCACCUUCAACAUCUUAAACAUAACUGCAGCUUCCGGAGUGAUGGGUCACACUUGACAUGAUGAGAAAAUAUGCAAUUUGUACAACAAGCAAUCAAUGAACUCUCUCUGUACAGGAACAUCUGACAUCCAGAUUAAAUUACUCUAAUCUAAAACGUGCAUGAUUCUAUAACCGUAAUCCCUAGGAAUUAAUGGGUUAAUUUAGGUGAUUCUGUUGGACUGGAUUGAGAGCUGUGGUUUGUUCAUCUCUAUCUGUCCUCCAUUGUUCUGUCUUCCUGUCUCUGUCUGAGUGUCUCUGUUCGUACAUACUGCAUGUCUGGGUGUGCUGUAUACAUAUCGGGUAAGACCCUCAGACAACGGGUUGUGGAUUCUGUGUGUGUGUGAAUAAUGUUUUUUCUCCGAUGGUCUGUAUGCCCACCCUCACUGUAGUAGUAUCACUGUAAACAAGGCAAAUAUUGAAGCCUGAAUUAUGUAUUGAACUAUAAAAAGUUUAAAAUAAAAUAUAUGUUUUAUUUAAAAAAGUUGUUUUCAUUCUAUUUGUACUUAUUCUGUCAUUUUAUCUAACAUCUCUCAUUAAUUUAGACAUUUAAGGAUUCCUUGGCUGCCAUCAGGCUGCCAUGGCCAAUGCACAAGUCUUAGUUCCGUCUCGUAUCGUUUCCGGUAGGACCAAUAAUAGAGUAGCAAACCAUUUCUGACAAACAUCCGUAGUGCAGACCUGUGAUCGCGUCGUAUCUUGGAGGUGUGAAUGAGGUCUCUGCUGAGUUUUAACAGACCUACCGGCUUUAGUUGGAUGACUUCUUUAAAACUUCGUCUUGCACGGUCAAAUUUUCUUCGCUCUGGUAUUGUCGUCGUGGUUAGAUACUUCUCGGCUGUUGUUAUGGACGACAUGGGUCUGGCGGUCAGUCGUUCACCGCUCGAGCGCCUCGAAUUUGACAAUGUCGCACUCAAGAAACUUCCACUGGAUACAUCAGAAGAACCUGGUCCGCGAAGGGUGACAGGAGCCUGUUUCUCUCGAGUAAAACCACAGCCCGUGGUCAAGCCCAGAUUUGUGGCCGUCUCAAAUGAUGCUUUAGCUUUGCUUGGGCUGAACGCCAUGGAGGUUCUGAACGACCCACUGGGUCCAGAGUACCUGAGCGGCUCCAAAGUAAUGCCAGGGUCCGAGCCUGCAGCGCACUGCUACUGCGGUCACCAGUUCGGGUCAUUCGCCGGACAGCUGGGGGACGGGGCGGCCUGCUAUCUUGGUGAACUAAAAACUCCAGCAAACCAGUGCCCCGAGCUUCUGCGAGAGAACCCCAGUGGCCGGUGGGAGAUUCAGGUCAAAGGAGCUGGACUGACGCCCUACUCCAGACAAGCGGAUGGGCGUAAGGUGCUGCGCUCCAGCAUCAGGGAGUUUCUCUGCAGCGAAGCAGUGUUUGCUCUCGGGGUGCCCACCACGAGGGCGGGGUCGCUGGUGACCUCUGACAGCAAGGUGGUACGGGAUGUGUAUUACAGUGGGAACCCCCGCAAAGAGAGGUGCUCUGUGGUCCUCCGCAUCGCACCCACCUUCAUCAGGUUUGGGUCCUUUGAGAUCUUCAAGGCGACUGAUGAGAACACAGGCCGCCAGGGCCCUAGCUACGGCCAUGAUGCGAUCAGAGGUCAGAUGAUAGAUUAUGUCAUAGAGACCUUCUACCCAGAGAUCCAGCAGAACCACACUGACAGAGUGGAGAGGAAUGUGGCAUUUUUCAGAGAGGUGAUGCUACGUACAGCUCGGCUGGUGGCCCAGUGGCAGUGUGUGGGUUUCUGCCAUGGAGUCCUCAACACAGACAACAUGAGCAUUCUGGGACUCACAAUAGACUAUGGCCCCUAUGGCUUCAUGGACAGGUUUGAUCCUGACUUCAUCUGCAAUGCCUCAGACAACUCAGGCCGCUAUUCCUAUCAGGCCCAACCGGCUAUCUGCCGCUGGAACCUGGCUCGCCUGGCUGAAGCCCUGGACCCAGAGCUGCCCCCAGGCCGGGCAGAGGCUGUUCUGGACGAGUACCUGCCCCUCUACAACACCUUCUACCUGGGCAACAUGAGGAAGAAGCUGGGCCUGCUGAGGAGGGAAGAACCGGAAGACGAGAUGCUCAUCACUGAGCUGCUGCAGACCAUGCAUAACACAGGAGCAGACUUCACCAACACAUUCCGCUGUCUGAGCCAGAUCCCCUGCCCCACUGAGGGAGAUGGGGAAGCAGAGGAAGGAGUCAUCAAAAUGGCCAAAGACCUCCUCCUGGAGCAGUGUGCCUCUCUGGAGGAGCUCAAGGCUGCCAACAAGCCCAGCAUGGACCCACGUGAGUUGGCCAUGCUGCUGCAGUUGGCCCAGAGCAACCCGUCCCUGUUCCAGAUGAUAUCAGACCGGAGGACGGUGGCCAUGCAGCUGGAGAAGCUGGGCAGGCUGAAGGAGCUGCUUGAGGCUGAUGAGUUAGAGGUCAAGGCCAAGCACAGGGAGGACUGGGCCACCUGGAUCACCUCAUACAGGCAACGUCUGGCUAGGGAGGUCGAGGGCCAAAAUGACAUCCAGGCACUGCAGGAGGAGAGAGUGAAGGUGAUGGAUGGCACCAACCCACGAUAUGUCCUCAGGAACUACAUUGCCCAGAAUGCAAUAGAGGCAGCCGAGAACGGAGACUUCAGUGAGGUCCAGCGUGUGUUGAAGGUUCUGGAAAAGCCUUUCUCUACCCAGCUUGGUCUGGAGCAGCUGAGCUGGCUGGGCCGGGGGGGGGUGGAGGGGCAGAGGAAUGAGGGUGGAGAGGAAGAAGAGGAGGAGGAGGGGGCACAGCAGGGGGCAGAAGCAGCAUCCUCCCGGAUGCAUGUUCCCUAUGACAGCAAGCCCCCGGUUUGGGCCAAUGAAAUCUGUGUCACCUGAUCUUCGUAGUCCCUUCCCUGACAGUCAACCCACCUAAAGUUACAAGCGAGUCACUCAGUAUUUUCUUCACCUCUGUUUACCUUUACCUCUCCACUCUCUCGCUUUACUUGGGUGGGUAAUGUCAAGGAAAGUACAUUUAUGAGUUAAGAUGCUACUAUGUCAAUCAGUCAGUCUAUAGAGGAGAGGAUGUGUUAAGAGUUUUAGCAAAUUUCAGAGUACAACCCCAGAAAUUUGAAAUCACACCUUUGAUCCAAGUGAUAAUUACAUUUAUGGAAAUAUCACGUCUUUAUUAGAUCUAUACUCUUAAUACAGAUACAGAUCCCGCUCUGUAGAUCUGCGUAGCCUAUUAGCUGUCUGGUUAUGAAUGACGGCCCAGACGUCCAGUCCUACAGUGACCCGUCUGAGUCUGAGACUAGGAGUAUCACCUCAAUAUACCAAAUAUCAUGUGUGUGUAAUGUGUCUGUAUGCGUGUGAAAAGGAAUGAUUGUAUAUGACGAUUUACAUAUCCUCUGAAUCGUACAGAAUGGUUCACGUAUGAGACUGACUGAGCCGCAAAUGACUUAGCGCACAAGUAUAACAUAAUUACCAACAUUUACACUACCGGUCAAAAGUUUUAGAACACCUACUCAUUCUCAUUUGCAUAUUAAAUCAUAAAAUAUAUGUAUAUUUCCCAUGGUUUUCUUGGUUGACAAUAGCAGUUUGGAAGCUUCCUGGAAAAUGUAGGCAAUACAUAGAAAGUUAUCAUGACCUACUACAAUAUUGUGGUGUUCUAUUUGUGCAAUGAAGCACUAAGUGGUCAGUAUUAUGGCUGCUAUGACAUAUAUACACUACCGGUAAAAAGUUUUAGAGCACCUUCUCAUUCAAGAGUUUUUAUUUUGACUUUUCUACAUUGUAGAAUAAUAGUGAAGACAUCAAAACUGAAAUAAAACAUAUGGAAUCAUGUAGUAACCAAAUAAUUGUUGAAUGAAUCAAAAUAUACUUUAUAUUUGAGAUUCUUCAAAUAGCCACCCUUUGCCUUGAUGACAGCUUUGCACACUUGGCAUUCUCUCAACCAGCUUCACCUGGAAUGCAUUUCCAACAGUCUUGAAGGAGUUCUCACAUGCUGAGCACUUGUUGGAUGCUUUUCCUUCACUGUGCAAUCUGACUCAUCCCAAACAUAUCAAUUUGGUUGAGGUCGGGGGAUUGUGGAGGCCAGGUCAUCUGACGCAGCACUCAAUCACUCUCCUUUUUGGUAAAAUAGUCCUUACACAGGCUGGAGGUGUGUUCGGUCAUUGUCCUGUUGAAAAACAAAUAAUAGUCCCACUAAGCCCAAAUGAGAUGGGAUGGCGUAUCGCUGUGGUAGGCAUGCUGGUUAAAUGUGCCUUGAGUUCUAAAUAAAUCACAGACAGUGUCACCAGUAAAGCACCUCCACGCCAUAACUCCUCCAUGCUUUACAUUGGGAAAUGCAUAUGUGGAGAUCAUCUGUUCAUUCACACCACAUCUCACAAAGACACAGCGGUUGGAACUUUGGACUCCAGACCAAAGGACAAAUUUGCACCAGUCUAAUGUCCAUUGCUCGAGUUUCUUGGCCCAAGCAAGUCUCUUCUUAUUGUUGUCCUUUUAGUAGUGGUUUCUUUGCAGCAAUUUGACCAUGAAGGCCUGAUCCACACAGUCUCUGAACAGUUGAUGUUGAGAUGUGUCUUUUACUUGAACUCUGUGAAGCAUUUAGUUGGGCUGCAAUUUCCGAGGCUGGUAACUCUAAUGAACUUAUCCUCUGCAGCAGAGGUAACUGGGUCUUCAAUUCCUGUGGCGGUCCUCAUGAGAGCCAGUUUCAUGAUAGAGCUUGAUGGUUUUUGCGACUGCACUUGAAAAAACUUUCGAAGUUCUUAACAUUUUCCGUAUUGACUGACCUUCAUUUCUUAAAGUAAUGAUGGACUGUCGUUUCUCUUUGCCUAUUUGAGCUGUUCUUGGGCUAUGUUCUGUAUACCCCCCUUGUCACAACAACUGAUUGGCUCAAACGCAUUAAAAAGGAAAGAAAUUCCACUAUUUAACUUUUAACAAGGCACACCUGUUAAUUGAAAUGCAUUCCAGGUGACUACCUCGAAGCUGGUUGAGAGAAUGCCAAGAGUGUGUAAAGCUGUCAUCAAGGCAAAGGGUGGCUAUUUGAAGAAUCUCAAAUAUAUUUUGAUUUGUUUAACACUUUUUUGGUUACUACAUGAUUUCAUAUGUGUUAUUUCAUAGUUUUGAUGUCUUCACUAUUAUUCUACAAUGUAGAAAAUAGUCAAAAUAAAGAAAAACCCUUGAAUGAGAAGGUGUUGUAAAACAUUUUACCACUUAGUGCUUCAUUGCACAAAUAGAACACCACAACAUUGUUGUAGGUCAUGAUAACAUGCCUACAUUUUCCAGGAAGCUUCAAAACAUUUGUGGAAUUUGCUUUUGUGGCUUGUUCCUUGGUCACUUGAAUUUCUUUAACUUUUGAUAUGUUAUGGCUCAAAGUUUAGCUGUUCAUAAUAUUGAAAAGCCAUUCCAUUAAAAUUAUAUUUUUGGAAUUUGGAAGGUUUUACUCUGAGGUAAAAAGGAAAACUGUGUGCACUACUCAAACGGCUUGUCUUCUCUUGGGCAGGGCUCAAGUCUGUUAAUAUUGAUCCGUUGGAGCUUUUCUCUCAAAAGAAAGGAAAAAAUAUUGAUUAUAAUAGAACAGACUGACCUAAAGUUAUAAUCCCUCACAAAAACCAAUGAGAUUCUUACAUUAUCGUUUUUAUUUCUUUGUUAUUAAAGUAGAUAUGAUAUUCAAUAUAUUCUCUUGAGAGCUUCCUCUAUAUGUGAAUUGUAGUCAGUAAACUUCAACAAAAAUCUA